GUUUUGCUCUCGCACAAUUCACCGCCCAUUGGUAUUAGAGACUUGCUUCCGACCUCACCAUACCCUGGCUGGUUGUUGCCCUUGAGUUCGACGACCGUGAUCAGCGAGAAACCGCAGGAGUGUAGAAAUGAAACUUAUUCGAGUUACAUUAAGGUCCAUAAACGGCAGCUCGUUUUUGUCGCGCCAAUGUCAUCGGCCCUGGAUGGCUAAAGCUCUGUUCACUAGCAGUACUUCAGGUAAUGAGAUUAAUGACAAUGGGACCGGAAAUUCCUUUGAGUCAGCUGAUGAUUUUGAGAGGCGUAUAUUCAGUGGAUUUUCUGACAGUAGGUCAAACAAUGAUGCAUUCUUCCAGAAACUUGAUAGACUUGAAAAGGCUCAUGGAAGAUCUGGUUUUGGCUCUAAGGGUGGAAGCAAUAAUUCAGAGUUUUUUGAUGGUCUAGAUGAAAGUUUCAAUACAUUGUCAGAUGGUAUGGAUGGGAAGCUGAAGAAAGCUGCCACAUACUUUGAAUUUAAUCCUGAUGAGAUAACAGGUGAUGACUAUUCAUUCAGAGCUGAUGUGACUUUUAGACCUGGGAUGACAUAUGAUGUUAAGGAUCUUGAUCUUACAAGGCCUGGAGUUCCCAAGCCUUUCAAAAGGUCUCAAUUUGAAACCACAACAGAGGAAGUACUUAGGAAAGCUGAUUUUCGGAAUGUGAGAUUCCUUGCCAACUUCCUUACAGAAGCAGGACUUAUUAUCAAAAGGAGCAAGACAAAAAUUAGUGCCAAAGCCCAGAGGAAGGUAGCUAGAGAGAUCAAAACAGCCCGAGCUCUUGGCCUCAUGCCUUUUACUACAAUGGGAACAAAACCAUUUAUUUUUGGGAAAACCAUGGAAGAUCGUGACGAGGAUGAUGAAUAUGAUUAUUAUGAUUCCCCUGUAGGGGGCCUAGGGGCUAGUCAGGACCCUGUUGAAGAGUAGCACCUUCUAUGAUAUUGAUGGCGUUUCGGUUGGUUAUUUGUGUUUUUUUUUUAUAGAUGUUAUUUGUGCUGUUUAGUGUUUUGAAAACUAUCAUGCAUUUUUUGUAAUUAGAAGCCAGUAAUUUGUUUGGUUUCACUUUCCAUCAUAGUACUAAAUACUGGUUAAAGAAAGAGAAAAAUUCACUGCCGGGUUUAGGGGGUCAUAAACAUUAGCUGUGAUUCUGUGAAGGUGGCCUGCAUGUGGUAUCCUUUGCACUUCUUGCUUCUUGGCUUGGGUUUGUAAGUCAAGGACUAUGGAGAAAAGGAAUUGUCAUCUCAUACUGAAGCACAACUCCAUCAUCUCUUUAAUUCUCAAAAAAUUCCUUUCAUUGAACUUUUAA